AUGUAAAUUAAUUAAGCUCUCCCAAUACAUUGUGCUUAUUGUUUUGAUGUCCUUAUUGCAUCGUUACAAAAAAAAGAAUUGCCUAAGCCAACUUUCUAAGAAUUUGAUGUCCCUGUCUUUGUUACUUUUUAUGCAAAUAAAGAAGAUUUGAGAGGGUGUAUAGGAACAUUUUCGUCUGGUCCUUUGAGUCAACAAUUAGCUAAAUACACUUAUUUAUCUGCAUUUAAGGAUAGCAGGUUCCCUCCAAUAUAAACUAAAGAAUUAAAUUCAUUAGAUGUUGGAGUGAGUUUGUUAGUCAACUUUUAGAAAGGAAAAAAAUGGAAUUAAUGGGAAGUAGGGAAACAUGGAAUUAUUAUUGAUUUUUAAGAGGGGGGCAGAGGUAUUUGAAUCAUUAUAUACUAUAUCUAAUCCUUUUUAGAAUAUGGAGCUACAUUUUUACCUGAAGUAGCAGCUGAAGAAGGUUGGGAUAUUAAUACAACUUUGGAACAUUUGAUUGCAAAAGCAGGUUACAGAAAGAAUUACUAAAACAUAUUAGAUAAGAUUUAAUUGACUACUUAUGAAACAUCUAAAGCUAAAAUGACUUAUGCUGAAUAUUUAGAAUUGAAGAAAUGA